GUUUCUCUGGGAGCUGUACAGCAGCCCUCGAGUCGACAGACUCGCAGCGCAGGACUACCUGGCCCUCCUACACUUUUUGCAGAAGUCACAAGGAACAUCAGCUGCGCAAGAUGUAGAGCACAUUUGUAAGAUUUUAAUCGCAUUUUCCAGGACUUCCUAAUUAUUGAACGUUACCCACUAAUCGACGCGGCUCAUAACUUCGACAGUCAUGAUCGGGUCUAAGAACUACCCUUUGGGAAUUAUUCGCACUUGGCUGGCACUUAUGGUUCCUAUUCAAUGCAGCAUGGCUUUCUCUGUUGCUGGCCACGAGAAUACAUGCGAGGCGAACGGCAGCGUUUACUACGUGGGGGAAUGGUACUUCUUGGACUCAGACCACUGCACCCAGUGCGAAUGCACGGCGGAGGGUUCGGCUUGCGCAAGAACCGAGUGCACGUCCCUACCCUCAGCCUGCAUCCAUGUUAGCCACUACCCCACUGACUGCUGCCCAAGGUGCGAGAGGAUCGGCUGCGAGUACCGUGGUGAGGUGUACGACUUGGGUCAACAAUUCCAGCCUUCCGAGUGCGAGCAGUGCACGUGCGAGAACGACGGCAUCGCGCGGUGCCUGGUGGCCGACUGCGCUCCCCCGCCCUGCGUCAAUCCCGUCUACCAGAAGGGGAAGUGCUGCCCGGAGUGCAAGGAUGGUCCAAACUGCUAUGUGGAUUCCACUCGGGCCCAGGUGAUCCCUGGAGGCGAGCCCGUAUGGGUGGACUCCUGCACCAGGUGCCGUUGCCAUGACGGCCAGGAUGCGGGGUACUGGGAGGGCAACCGCCUGGCCACCUGCACCCGCGUGAAGAACUGUUCGACGGGGGAGGCCCCAUAGACGGCAAGGGACUGGAUAAGUGGUUAAUAACUGGUUUAACAACUGGUUGGUUAAUCAUGGCGAUUAAUGGAGGUCCUCUUCUUCGUCUGAAACGAGGCUCAUCGUCAAAAGAGCUUAUGAAUGUGUGUGUAGCUGAAAACAUUUGAACCCUAUGCAUAGUCUGUAGGGUUAAGUGAGGGUGUAGUAGGGCUCAUUGCUAUUGAUGCAUUGUACUUUGUGUAUUUGUUUUCCUCAACUAACCUUGUUGAGAGAAAAAAACGAACCAAAGGCUAUAAGGCUAACAUAGACCUGCUGCUUACUGCAACUACCCAUUACAUAUUGCACAUAUGGUUUGAAGCUAUUAGUAUAAACAUACUUUACCAAUGCAACACACACGCGCGCACGCGCGCGCACACACACACACACACACACACACACACACACACACACACACACACACACACACACACACACACACACACACACACACACACACACACACACACACACACACACACACGUACGCGUUUACACGUAAGCUGUAGAUAGCAUUGUUGAGGUGUCAUAAAUCACUUCAAUGUAUACCAAAUAUACUGUCACAUAGUUUCAAAUGCAUAUGCUGGUCUUGUGGGUAACCUGGUUCUCACGCGAUGGUUGUAAGUUGAGCGGAAAUGCACAAAGGGUCUGCGUGAGAGCCAGGCUACUUGUGGGUACUUCGGCAUAUAUUUUUGAGGUAUGCUACAUUUGCUUGUUGUGCUGGAUGAGUUGCAGUGCAUUGCUUGUGUUCAAUGAACUACUUAAGUGGCAAUUAUGUGUACGAUGCAGUGCAGUGGUUCCCCAAAGGAGGGGCAGGCCCCUAAAACCCAAUUAGAAACCCAAACAACAGCAAACUACCAAUUUUUAUAUGCAGUGGCAUUGCUCUUAAAGUGUACUAACUUUAUAUCAUUAUUUUCCUAUUUGGUGACAAGUGUAGCUUCCACUGCUUGUGUACCAUAGCUACGGCAGAGAAAUAACAUAAGGUGGGAUGGGGUGGGGGGUAGAAUAACUGUAAGCUCAGACUUCUGACCAAUACUAACAUAGAAUAGAUUUAGCAGGCAAAUGUG